GGGAGGGAGGGAGGAGGAGGAGGGAGGCGGCACUGCCCGCGCAGACCCUCCGGAGCCUUCUCCUCCUCUUCGUUCUCCUUCUCCUCCACCGCGGCUUCUCUUCGCCGCGGCGCCGGAGGCGGCCGUGCCCGCAGCGCGAUUUCAUGUUUCAUCCUGUAUUGAGCACCUGCUGCUGAGAGCUGGAAAGUCUACUUAGGAUAUUUCAAGACUUCCCUUGCCAGCAGGAGAAAAAUGGCCUAAUGUAGUCUGGAGCAUGGAAUUAGAGUUUGCUCAUAUUGCAAGGUCUAAAAUGAAUUCACGGAGGUGAUGCUGCUUCUCUGUUGUGCUGAAUCAUUUCUGUUGAAAAACUGGGCUUGGAUUUUGACACUUAAAAUAAAAUAUCAUUUUUCUUUCUGUUCUGCCUGUCAGGAUGCUCAGAGUUAAAUAAGAAAGACCAUCUCUGGUGGCAGGAUAAUGAUGACAGAGCUUCUCAGUCAGCAGAGACCCUUGGAGGUCCUGGAGCCCAUCACCCUGUUAUCCUCUGUUCCCUUUGGCAAAGGAGGAAGCUGAGCUAGAGAAGGUGUGAGUGGAGCAGAAAGGGCUGCUUGGGGGCAAGGAUGAUAAAUUUAUGUAUCAGGUAAUCCAAGGCAGAUUUCCAAAACAGCCUUAGCAAACUUGAGUUUAGAGUAAGACAGAGGUCAGGAGUUGUCAUUUUGGAUUUGUUAUAAUUACAGUGCACCAUCUUUCAGUAGUUCCUGUGAACAGAGAUGAUGUUUGUUUGACUUUGGCUAAGAGGAAGCUUAGGGUAGAUAAUAUUUUCCACUUUUAAAUAAUGCAUAUACCCCAAGAAUAAUUAGUAUAUUUAGAAAAAACUCACACAAAGAACUAACUUGAGGAAAUGAAGAUGAAUGAAGAUUACAGUGCAGUUACAGUGUCCGGACAGCAUGUUUGGGGAAUUCUGGAUAAUAACAUGGAAAAGCAAAUUCAUUUGCAUGCAGAAGACUGUCACUUGAUCAAUAAAUAUAUUUUAAUUUUUACAACAUUCAUCAGGCACUCUCAGCUUUACGGGCUGCAAUUGUCACGGUAGAAAGCAUUUGUGGCUUUACCAAAAAUAUCCUGCACUUGUUCUGAGGGUAAACUUUGUUUGAAAACUUUCUUUAUCAGCUAGAUGAAUGCAAUGAACUCUUCUUCCAUCUCCUACAGGAAUUUGCAGAUCUCCUUCAAAACAUUGCCUUUGUUCUUCAGCUUCUAGUAAUUACUAGAGUGGUAAGCAGUAGCCCAUGAAGUGGCUAAGACUAUGAAUUAUUGAAUCCAAAAUAAUAAUAAGCAUCCCAGAACAGUUUAGGUUGGAAGAGACCUUUAAGAUCAUCUACUUCCCACCCCUCCUGUUAUGGACACAAUCACCUUAUACCAGACCAGUUUGCUCAAAGCUGGCCUUGAACACUUACAGGGAUGGGACAUCCAUGAUUUCUCUGGAUGUGUCUCACCAUCCUCAUAGUGAAGAAUAUGUUCCUAAUACUUAAUCUAAACACAUAUUCUUUCAGUUCAAAGCCAUUCCUCCUUGUCCUCUCACCAUAUGCCCUUGUCAGAAGUCCCUCUCCAGGCACUGGAAGGGGCUCCAAGGUCCCCCUGCAGCCUUCUCCAGGCUGAACAUUCCCCACUCUCUCAUCCUGUCUCCAGAGCAGAGGUGCCUCCAGCCCUAAUGCUGAUGUCAUGGUUGUGCUCUGGGCUGCAGCUCUUCAUUUUUGUUCUAACAAGUGAAUGGGCUGCUCUUUUCUCCCUUGGAGGAGAUCUCUGUUUCUGUUCUGCUCUCCAGCACUGCCCUGGUACAGAUCUGUCUGUUUUCUUCACAGUUUCCAAAUCCUGAGUUCACUUUGAUUUCUCAGUGCAGUGGAACCUGGACAAGUAUUCCCUGUUUGGAUCUGUCCUGGUCCCCUUCCUAACAAUGCUCCAACUUGCCAGCCAGUCUGAUGAAAAUUUGAUGGAUAGAGAUACUAACUGAUGUGAAAAAUAUUAGUUUAAUAGUAGAGAGUUCCUAAUGAUGCCAUUUACUGAGGAAGAAACUGGGGUCAGUUCUGUGCUGAUGAGAUCUCUGGGACACCUCCAGGAUCUCCAGCUCUGGACAUGACCAUGGAGAAAGCCAAGGUUUGCCAGUUUGUCUGAUGGGCUUGAUCUUUGUUUUUGUUUGGAUAAGCUUGAGUGGAGAAAAAUUAGACAACCUUUUAUAUGUCUCACAAUCAUAAAAAACAAAACCCUGCUGUUUAACCCUUUGUUCCUCAGAGCUUUUUGAUUUUUGAAGGUGAGAUCAAUAGGAGACAGGCUCAGCACCACAAAGAAAAUUUUAAAAACUUAAAACCUUGAUACAAUUUUACAAAGUGCUUCCGACUUUUUUCGUCCCCUCUUGCUUUCCAAAAGCUGAUGCAUAUAAUCAGUAGUCUUUUAAAGCAGGCUGAAAUUGAGCAACCAAAAUCAUAGUCAUAGCAGAAAAGUCUUAACUUGAAUUUCCUUGGGGCAGAAUGCCAUUUCUUAGCUGACCUUGGCCUGUCUGUUGUUAUUGGGGUAGUCUGAGCUUUUUUUUCUGGUUAGAAUGUGUGCUAAGGAAAAUGGCCAGUGCUUUUACUAUAUUCUUAGUAAAAACUUAGGAAUUCUUCUUUUUGUAGAAAUACUUUUUUAGGUUUUUCUUUGAUAGCUGUUACCAUCAUUGCUUACACAGAGACUAUUACACACAUGCUCUCAGUGUGUGUCAGCAAAUGCAUCUUGCACAAGAAGAACCAACGCUCCUGUUCCACAGCCCUAAUUUCUGACAGAUGUUUCUUACCUCAGUAAUGGUGUAAUCUGAUUGGCAUUACUUAAAACAGAUUACUUUACAUAAAUGCUGCUCAGAUACCUACUUGAUGAGCAGUAUUUAUAAAAUGUUGUAAAUACUCAGUAUACUCUGUAUACUGGAGAUGUAUGUAACUUCUCAAGUUUUUUGUUUUUACUUUGUGCCUGUGCCUGGUCUGCUGCUGCUUCAUCCCUGCCUGUCUUCCUCCCUGCAACUUGGAAUUUUUGGGAUUUCUGAACAUCUCCAGAACAUAAAUUUUAUGCUUUUGGCCUUUGUUUUGUUUUGGUUUUUUGGGGGUUUUUUUUGUUUGUUUGUUUUGGUGGGGUUUUAUUGGGGUUUUUUUUGGGGUUUUUUUUGUGCAGAAAAAGAUUAUCAUGUUAUUUGAAAGAAGAGAAUGAGCAUAUGUCCACUGUGUACUUCUUAUCAUAACAAAUAGAUAUUAAAUAUUUUUUAAAAGCAUCAAGGAAGCACUUGGUUUAAGUGAAAAAAAUACAUAUUGAGGGUCUAAAAUGUUGGACAGCUUCUAAAAUUGAAUUUUAAAAAAUUCUCAUGUUAUGAAGUAGUUUUCACCUUCAUUUUGUACUCUACUACAAAAACAAGGUAUGUCCUUGAGAAGAAUGAAUAUAAUACUGGUAUUAUACGAACAGGCAGUAUCUCUUGACACUUGGAUUGAUAAAUUGUAUUAGCCUCAUCUGUUAAAAGUGUAAAGAAUACAGAGAGUCCACACAUUCUGUUUAUUAAAACUCUCCUUGGCAAUGCACUUACCAGUUGAUAUUUAAAGGGUUUUGUUUUCAUAAAUAAAUUUUAUUUAGACCUUCCCCUUUUUACUUGACAUUUUUUUAAUCUGCUUUUCUGGAAAACAUUUUCUUUUUAUGGAAGAAACACAUUAAAAAAAUAUAUUUUACACCCUAGAGCACAGAUCAAACCAAUUUAAGGAAAACUGAAGAAGUAUUUGCAGUUUCCUUUUUUUGAAGGAAACAAGUCUGACUUGCUCAAGGUCACCAAGGAAGCCCAUGGCAGAGCUGGAUCUGUAGCAGCAGAUUUCCUGCCCUGCCAGCUGCAGCGUGAACCAGAGGGGCACUGAGCCGUCUGUGCCCCUUCUGCACCCACACAACUACAACAAUUGGGGGUUUAAGUAUUUACUGUAGCAUGUUUUGCUUCAUUAUUGAAGGUAAAUAUAAUCGACCUUGUCACCAGAAGUGUUUGUCUGUCUGUGUAACACUGAAGGGCUUGGAAAACUUUGUGGUGGGGGGAGGAAGGCACCCAGGCAUGUCUUCAGUUCCCUUUGGCUUUCUUCAGUCCCAGAAAGAGCUUUGUGCCUGAGCAGUGAUGCAGAACAUCUGAUGGGCCUGGUUGUGGCCUAAUCUCUCUCUCUCUCUUUUUUUUUUCCAGUGAAUAUUUUUUCUCAUUUAAACAGAGAAGCAGACAAUAGUUAAAUGCAGUUGCUGCUUCCUUUCUUCUUUUUUUUUUUUUUUUAUCAAGAGUUUGGACAUACACCACUAAUUCUGCAAGGCCAGUCAGUAUAUUGAGAAAUGAGAUGGCAGUAAAGAACAGUAAUUAAACAUAUGCUGUAGACGAGUGCAUGCUGCUACAAGUAGGCAGAUAGGUUAAGUUGAAGGCUGCUGGCUUUAGAUUAAUUCCCUUUUGGUUCUAGUCUUGGAUAAGCCUUACGCCUUACUGCUGAGGGCUGGGAGUGAGAAGAGAUUACCGUGGAAUAUAUAAACAGCUUUAAUGAUAAGUGUGAAUCUUGUUCCUGUUGAUUUUAAUACGUGUUCUGGCUGAAUCAGUUAUUUAUAAUUUUUUGUGAAAUACUUUGCUGUAAAAUGGAUAUUUGUUUUAUUUCCAUACACACAUUCUGCCUGGUUGUGUGAUUAUUAUAAACAUCAGCUUUUGCAGUAUUUAUACUCACCACUUGAAAAAACAACUGUUUGUAAGCGGUUUGGAUGUUAGGUGCUACAAAGUUAAGAAAAAACAAAGGCCGUUCACCAUCUGGGGUGAAUGUUUGAGGUGACCUUUGCCUUCAGAUGAGAAGUCAAUAAGGAAGCCUCGGGUUUACAGGGGGCUGGAUGUGGCACUAAGGACUGGUGUGGGGUGCGAUAUUCAUCCUUUAGGGCCGAGCAACACUGUCAGGCUUCUUCCAUCCGUAAUCUCGUGGAGCGAGGCAAGUGCUGAUGGAGAGCGUGACCCCAAUUCCUGCUGAAGUUUGGGGAAGUUCUCCAGCGCUUCUAGGGAAGUUCCCGUGCGCUUAGAGCGAAGUUUUGCUUUUAGGAUGCCUGGCGCUUGUGUCGGUAAGCGGACACAGCGAAUGUGUAAAAGCGGUGGCAAAAGGCGGGUGCGGCAGGGAAGGGGCGGUGCGGGGCAGCCGGGAGCAGCAACAUCAGCGGCGGCGAAGCGAGGCCGGUCCGCAGCCGGGCCGGGCGGCGUUUCCAGCGCUCUGUCUUUGCGCAGAGGGUGAACCGGAGACGGCCGGGCGCGGGCAGCAGACGGGGAUUAGCAUAUUAAUGGGAGCCGGGUAAUCGCCUCCCGCCCCUGCCCGCCCUCCUCCGCAGGGCUCACUCCGCCUCGGCACCGCUCCCGGGGAGGAGGAGGACGAGGAGGUGGAUGAUGCUCGCGGGCGGGGGGAGAUGAGGCAGCGGCGCGGCUUCCCCGCAGCGGAGCGCGCUGGAGCCCCGGGCGGGCCGGGGGACCGCGCUCCCCCCGCAGCCAGGUGAAGGCGCACCGCCCCGGGGAGGGCCGGGGCUCCCUCCUCUCCCCGGGCUCCGGCACGUCCAGGCGGCUCCAGCCUCCCCCCGCAGGAGCCCGGAGCGCUGAAUCGGGACAUUGUGUGCCGGAGCUGGCCGGCAUCGAGCACGCUCUGUGUAUGUGGCUGCUGGAGGUGGCCGGGCAGCAGCCCCCGAGGCGGGCAGGUGCGGGCUGCAUGGAGAAAAGCGGCUGCAGCCCAUUCCCCAUGUGCUGGGCUAAAGAAUAUGACAGAUACCUAGCAUCUAGCAAAACCAUGGCAGCAGCUUACCUUGACCCAAACUUGAAUCACACCCCAAGUUCAGGUGCAAAGACUCACCUCAGUACUGGGAUGGAACGUUCCCCAGGGGCCAUGGAACGAGUCCUGAGGGUUUUCCACUACUUUGAAAACAACAGUGAGCCGACCACGUGGGCCAGCAAUAUCCGGCAUGGAGAUGCUACUGAUGUCCGAGGCAUAAUUCAGAAGAUUGUGGACUCUCACAAAGUGAAGAAUGUGGCCUGCUAUGGGUUACGGCUCAGUCACCUGCAGUCUGAGGAAGUUCACUGGCUACACCUGGACAUGGGGGUGUCCAAUGUGAGAGAGAAGUUUGAACUAGCUCACCCUCCAGAAGAAUGGAAAUAUGAACUGAGAAUUCGGUAUUUGCCAAAAGGAUUUCUAAACCAGUUCACUGAGGACAAACCAACUCUAAAUUUUUUCUAUCAGCAGGUGAAAAAUGACUAUAUGUUAGAAAUAGCAGAUCAAGUGGACCAGGAAAUUGCUUUGAAACUAGGUUGCCUUGAAAUCCGGAGAUCCUACGGAGAGAUGAGAGGCAAUGCAUUAGAAAAGAAGUCCAACUAUGAAGUGUUAGAGAAAGAUGUUGGUUUGAGACGGUUUUUCCCGAAGAGUUUACUAGAUUCAGUGAAGGCCAAAACACUACGGAAAUUAAUCCAACAAACAUUUCGACAAUUUGCCAACCUCAAUAGAGAAGAAAGUAUUUUGAAGUUCUUUGAGAUCCUCUCUCCAGUGUACAGAUUUGACAAGGAAUGCUUCAAAUGUGCUCUUGGUUCAAGCUGGAUUAUUUCAGUGGAACUGGCAAUUGGCCCAGAAGAAGGAAUCAGUUACCUGACAGACAAGGGUGCAAAUCCAACCCAUCUAGCAGAUUUCAAUCAAGUGCAAACCAUUCAGUAUUCAAACAGUGAAGAUAAGGACAGAAAAGGGAUGUUGCAACUCAAGAUAGCAGGUGCACCUGAGCCUCUGACAGUGACAGCACCAUCCUUAACCAUUGCAGAGAACAUGGCAGACCUGAUCGACGGCUACUGCCGGCUGGUCAACGGCGCCACGCAGUCCUUCAUCAUCAGGCCUCAGAAAGAAGGUGAAAGAGCUUUACCAUCCAUACCAAAGCUGGCCAACAAUGAGAAGCAAGGAGUGAGGUCUCACACAGUCUCUGUGUCAGGAGUCAAUCACUGUCAGCAUAAAGUAAAGAAAGCUAGACGCUUUCUGCCUUUCGUCUUCUGUGCCCAUGAGUCGCCGCCCAAGGAUGAAAUUAGUGGGGACGAGACUGAUGACUAUGCAGAGAUUAUAGAUGAAGAAGACACUUACACAAUGCCCUCAAAAAGCUAUGGAAUAGAUGAAGCCAGAGAUUAUGAAAUUCAAAGGGAGAGGAUUGAGCUGGGGCGCUGCAUUGGGGAAGGACAGUUUGGAGAUGUGCACCAAGGAGUUUACAUGAGCCCGGAAAAUCCAGCUAUGGCUGUUGCAAUCAAAACUUGUAAAAACUGCACUUCAGACAGUGUUAGAGAAAAAUUCUUACAAGAAGCCUUAACAAUGCGUCAGUUUGAUCACCCCCACAUUGUGAAGCUCAUUGGGGUUAUUACAGAAAACCCAGUCUGGAUAAUCAUGGAGCUCUGUACACUUGGAGAGCUGAGGUCGUUUUUGCAAGUAAGGAAGUACAGCUUGGACCUGGCCUCUCUGAUACUCUAUGCUUACCAGCUUAGCACAGCUCUUGCCUACUUAGAGAGCAAAAGAUUUGUACAUAGGGAUAUUGCUGCUAGAAAUGUGCUGGUGUCUACCACUGACUGUGUGAAAUUGGGUGACUUUGGUUUGUCCCGAUACAUGGAAGACAGUACUUACUACAAAGCUUCCAAAGGAAAAUUACCCAUCAAAUGGAUGGCUCCAGAGUCCAUCAAUUUCCGACGGUUUACCUCAGCUAGUGAUGUGUGGAUGUUUGGUGUGUGUAUGUGGGAGAUCCUCAUGCAUGGGAUAAAGCCCUUCCAGGGAGUGAAGAACAAUGAUGUGAUUGGGCGGAUCGAGAACGGUGAGCGGCUCCCAAUGCCUCCAAACUGCCCUCCCACCCUCUACAGCCUUAUGACCAAGUGCUGGGCCUACGACCCCAGCAGGAGACCCAGGUUUACUGAACUUAAAGCACAACUCAGUACAAUACUGGAGGAAGAGAAGCUGCAGCAAGAAGAACGAAUGAGAAUGGAAUCCAGGCGACAAGUCACGGUGUCCUGGGACUCAGGAGGAUCAGAUGAAGCUCCUCCCAAGCCCAGUAGACCUGGUUACCCCAGCCCCAGAUCCAGUGAAGGGUUUUAUCCAAGCCCACAGCAUAUGGUACAGCCAAAUCAUUACCAGGUAUCUGGCUACCCUGGUUCUCAUGGGAUACCAGCCAUGGCAGGCAGCAUUUAUCCUGGGCAGGCUUCUCUCCUGGAUCAAGCAGAUUCCUGGAACCAUCGGCCUCAGGAAAUAUCAGUGUGGCAACCAAACAUGGAGGAUUCAGGCACUUUGGACAUCCGGGGGAUGAGCCAGGUUCUGCCCACACACCUCAUGGAGGAGAGGUUGAUACGACAGCAGCAGGAGAUGGAGGAAGAUCAGCGCUGGCUCGAAAAAGAAGAACGAUUCCUGAAACCCGACAUGAGGCACUCCAGAGGCAGCAUUGACCGCGAGGACGGAGGUCUCCAGGGCCCUGCUGGUAACCAGCACAUAUAUCAGCCUGUGGGAAAACCAGAUCACGCAGCUCCGCCAAAGAAGCCUCCACGCCCCGGAGCCCCCGGGCACCUGGGCAGCCUCGCCAGCCUCAACAGCCCCGUGGACAGCUACAACGAGGGUGUGAAGCCAUGGAGGAUUCAGCCGCAGGAGAUCAGCCCUCCUCCCACGGCCAACCUGGACCGCUCCAAUGACAAAGUCUACGAGAACGUCACGGGGCUGGUGAAGGCGGUGAUAGAAAUGUCCAGUAAAAUCCAGCCGGCCCCGCCCGAGGAGUACGUGCCCAUGGUGAAGGAGGUUGGUUUGGCACUAAGAACUUUACUGGCAACAGUAGAUGAGACCCUCCCAGUGCUCCCUGCAAGCACCCACAGAGAGAUUGAGAUGGCACAGAAGCUGCUGAACUCGGACCUGGCCGAGCUCAUCAACAAGAUGAAGCUGGCCCAGCAGUACGUCAUGACCAGCCUGCAGCAGGAGUACAAGAAGCAAAUGCUGACGGCCGCUCACGCCCUGGCUGUGGAUGCCAAAAACCUGCUGGAUGUUAUCGAUCAAGCCAGACUGAAAAUCAGCCAGUCCAGACCGCACUAAGCACUGAGGGAAGAGCAUCAUCAGCCUCGGAAUUCUGCUUGCGACAGGAUGUUCCUUCACCUUCCACCAGCAGUGAGGAUUAACCCAGUGCAGUCCUGGCCUUCCAGCGCCUCGGGCUUCAGCAGACCUGACCGACCCCUGGGGUUCUCUCAUUGCAACAGUUUCACCAAGUCUCUCUGGCAGAGCCGAGCCGGGCUGGGAUUCAGGCCGGGGCAUUGUCAGCAGAUGAGGUUUGUACAGGAGCCCUCAGGCGCUCAGAGCUGGGCGCAGGGCAGGUCACUCCAUCGCAUGGGACACGCUUCGCACUGAGCUGCCACCCUUGAGCUGCCGCCGGGGCACGGCCUCGGAGCCAAAACUGUUGGAGCAGCAGAUGGGAGAAAGAUAUUGUGAAGAAUUCGGGGAAACCUCAGGGCUGAGAAUUCUUGCCCACAGUAUAUGAACUAUCCAGACUGGAAUUUUUUUUAUUAGAACACUUAUGUCGCAAUAUGCUAAUCACGAUUUACAGAGAAAGAAUAAAAAGCUAUAUUUUCAAGACUUCAGUCAUUUCAAGACAAACUAAAGCCCUCUUCAUCUUCCCGCCUUUUACUUUUACGUGACUGUGUGGAGCAUUUGUUUGGAACUAGCUGUAGGACACGACUGAACACUCGUCUUUUUCACCAGGAUAACGUGCCAGUUCUUUUGUAGCAAUGUUGUUUUCCUUGGAAGUGAAAAUGCUGCUUUGUACCAGAGCAAUUCAGAGCUGCAUUUAGAGGAGAUCCGUAACCAUUCAUGUCCCCCAUUUUUAUAUAAUUUAUAAAGACAGAUUAAAGCCAUGAUGACUAUUUUAAACCCACUGUAGUUAACUAACCCAUCCUUUUGUCUAUCUUGCCUGGGAGGAGUUACAGUAGAGCAGUGUAAUUAGAUUUUCCUUGGUUUUCCAGUUAUGCCAUCUGUUCUGUUAAAAUAAAAACCACACUCCCUUUUUGCUGUUGAGGGAUAUAAAUUAUUCUCAGGAAGAAUAUAAUGAACUGUACAGUUACUUUGACCUAUUAAAAAGGUGUUACCAGUGAAA